AUGUCUGCUAACGAUUUCUACUCCUCAGGCCAACAGGGCCAAAGAUCCGACAACAACUACCAGUCUUCUGGCCAGGGCAACCAGCAACAACAAGGUGGUGAAGAAGGUGGUGAGAGAGGUCUCUUGGCUACCAUUGGUGGUGCUGCUGUGGGUGGCUACGGUGGUGGAAAGAUUUCUGGAAACCACUCUACUUUGGGUAAGAUUGGUGGUGCCAUUGCCGGAGCCAUUGGUGCCAACAAGCUUGAAGAUAAGUGGGAAGAGAGAAAGGACGAGAAGAAGUAUGGCCAGCAGCUGGGCUACGGUGGUCAAGGUGGCCAGGGUGGAUACGGCAGAAACGAUAACUACGGUCCACCAGGCGGCGGUCACGGAGGCCCUGGCGGCAACUUUGGCAGCCGUAACGAUAACUACGGUGGUGGCCGUAACGAUAACUAUGGCGGUGGCCGCAAUGACAAUUAUGGCGGUGGCCGUAAUGACAACUACGGUGGAGGCCGCAAUGAUAACUAUGGCGGUGGCCAGGGUGGCUACGGCGGCGGUCGUAACGAUAACUACGGUAACCAAGGCCAGGGCGGCUACGGAAACCAGGGUUACGGCGGCAACCAGGGCGGUGGCAGAUGGUGA